AUGUUCACGUCAUUCCGCUGUGUCACAGAUGGCUGCACAGCCUACGACGGAACUCCGCUUAUCGCGCGGCUUCGUACUGAAGAAAAGGAUCUUGGUGGCGUCAUCAUGAUAGUGUACAUUCUUCUUUUCCUUUUCGUCACCAUUGGGAUCUUCAACCUGAUCAUGGCUGUGUUUAUCGACAAUGUCACGGACGGCAGUACCAAGAAGCGGCAGCGACAAUUGGGUGCGAAUGCACCGAAAACAGAAUGGCUAAUUUCCUCGGUUCUGCGCAACAUCAUUCUGACCAAGAUCCUGCACAAGGAAGCUGAGGAGGAGGCUUGGAAUGGCGACUAUCAUGCCCAUGGUCGCCGGCCAUCGAAAAUCCUCAAGGAGAAGCUGGCGGCGCUUCAAGAGAUGUAUGGAUACAAGCCACAUACUAUUCACGAGUACGAGCAGCUGUCGAAUGAGAUCCGCAAGGAGAUGGGGCGGCGCAAUGUGGUGGUGACGCGCGAGGAGUUCAACCAUUGGCUCUCAGGUGAAAAGGAGCUCAUCACCACCUUGGAUGACUCCGAGAUCGAUUUAUCAUGCAAGUCCGACCUGUUCGAUGUCCUGGAUGCGGACCUCAGUGGAGAAUUGGAGUUUGAGGAGAUGAUAGACGGAUUGCUCAAGUGCCGUGGUCCUGCUUCUAAAACGGACAUCAUUGCCGUCAGGCUCAAGACGGCGCUGCUCGUCAAACUGAUGAUUGAUUUGAAUUGGAUUCGCUUGUUGUCUUUUGCCAUGCUGCUUGCGCGACCAGCCGGCUCUUGCAAGAUUUAUGCAGAAUUCUGGUUCUGGGGAGCAGAGGAGAAUGGCCGCUGGGUGGCUUCCCUCGGAGUCUACAAGUGUUGGCUGGAAAGUCUCUGUGGCAACCAAGGUAUCUCCUGCAAGAAGCCCGUGCUCGCAAUUGGCAACCGUGCCUGGGCUAGUGGCAGGAACUGUUUCGUCCACGGGGCAGCCAUAAGCGCUUGUGCUCAUGCAGGGCGCUGGGAGCAGGCUGUGCAGCUGCUGGCCGAUCUGCGGGAAGACCGGUUGGAUUCAAAUAUCAUUCUCGUCAGCGCGGCAAUCAGUGCUUGUUCUCACGCCGGGUGCUGGGAACAGGCCGUGCAGCUUCUGGCCGGUCUGGGGGAAGACCGGCUGGAUGCAAACAUCAUUCUCGUUUCCGCUGCCGUCAGCGCCUGUGAGAAAGGCGGGGCUUGGCAGACCGCUUUGCAAUUACUCGGGGACCUCACUCGCAGCCGCAUCGAUGCUGAUGUCAUCAUCACAAACGCUGCAAUCAGUGCCUGUGAGAAGGGCGAGCAGUGGACUCAGGCCCUGUCGCUCCUGGCUGGCCUGGACACGGCUCGACUUGAAGCAGAUGUGAUCUCCUACAAUGCUGCAAUCAGCGCUUGUGGAAGAUGUGAGAAAUGGAGUUUGGCUGUUGGGCUACUGUCCGACCUGCGGGAAUGCCGUUUGCAGGCAAGCACGAUCACCUGCAACGCCGUCAUCAGUGCUUGUGGGCAAAGCCAGGAAUGGCAGCGGGCGAUGAACUUCUUGCAAGAUGUGAAGGAACAGAGGUUGGAAGCCAGCACUGUAACAAUGAGUGCUGCCAUCUCUGCUUGCGAAGCAGGUGGACAGUGGACGAUUGCUUUGCAGCUUCUCGAAGAUAUAACCAGCUCCAGGCUUGAAGCUAACAUCGUCGCGUACAACGCAGCCGUCAGCGCCUGUGGCAUAGCUGGUCAGUGGGAGCAAUCCUUAUCUUUUCUCGGCCUCCUGCCGCAGCGCUCUCUGCAGCCAGAUAUCUACACCUACUCGGCGGUCAUCAGUGCCUUUAGCGAUGGCGAGCACUGGGAUCCGCAAUGGGAGCAGGCCCUUCAUCUCUUCGACGAGCUGUCAGAACUCAAGCUGCUUCCCAACAUCGUCACCUUCGGCGCGACCGUGACAGCUUGCGAGAAAGGUGUGGUGCUGCAUGUUCACAGGCUGAUGUCGUGCUAG